AUGGCCGUGGGCGACCCCAGCGCCCAGGCCGCCGACGGUGUCUGCUCGCGCCUGCCCUCCAACAACGCCUUCGAGGACGACCCAAAGGUGUGGGAUUUGGUCAUCGUGGGUGCUGGGGUGGCGGGCUCGGCCCUCGCUUAUGCCCAAGGCAAGAAUGGCAGGCGUGUACUUCUGCUGGAACGGGACCUUUCAGUGCCAGACAGGAUCGUGGGGGAGCUGCUCCAACCCGGUGGCUACCUUGCCCUAAAGAAACUGGGGCUCACGGAGGCUGUGAAGGAAAUCGAUGCUCAGAAGAUUUAUGGCUAUUGCAUCUUCAAGGAAGGCAGGGAACUUCUUGUCAACUAUCCAUUGGACAGUCUCAGCGAUGACGUGGCUGGCCGCAGCUUUCACAAUGGGAGGUUUGUCCAGCGCAUGCGACAAGCAGCUGCUGCACUCCCCUCAGUCACUGUCCGGGAGGGCAUUGGGAAGAUGCUUGUCAAUG